AUGGCGAUGUUCAUGCUGCAAGGCGGCGAAGACCAAACGCAAUCGGCCAUCGCAAAGAGGAGGGCUCGUAAUCGCAUAUCUCAAAAAUCGUUCCGGGACCGUCAAGCACGCUACCUAAAAGAUCUGGAGAGGAAGGUAGCGGAGUCCUGGCAGGACGAAAGUGCUCGACUCAAACCUUCUCACGAUGAAUGUCAACGACUACGCGAACAGGUAACCGCUGCGCAGAGGCGUAUCGACAGACUCGUUUCAUGCUUGUCUGGCCUUGCCACUGACAUUGCUCAAACGAUUGGAACAACGGUAGAGAAUCACACUGAUCCGAGACCCGAAGCCUCAGCGACCAUGGAAGACCGUGCAUCCGAGACGGUAUCGUCAAGUCUCAACUCGGAAUCGUUGGCUAAUCUGCCAACUUCCACCUCCCAGUCCAGUCACUAUGGGACUGAUCCAUCUCCUCAAACAGCUGGGUCUGACGCUGGAGGACUGCGGGAUUCAAUGGCGACAAUGGAGGAUGUGCUGGUUGCCGAGGAUUUUGCCCUUGAUCUAGGUCAUCAGCCGCAAGAUGACUGGACUCAAUUCGAGCAAGACACUAGUCAUGCCCUCGACAUUCAGUCCUUGUUCACCAGUGUCGGAACAUGCCCACCAGCCAUGGAUACCACCAACCUCUUUCAGACUUCCGACUUGCCUCACCCAGUCCACGAGAACCAAGUUUCAUUGCAAUGGCUCGGGCCCAACGAUUCUGCAGACGUCCUCUGCGCACCCACGUCUGGACCGUGGCCUCCCAGGAUUCUUCCGCGGUCCGACGAGGGAAAUCAUGACCAAUAUCGGAUGAAGCAGAUCUAUCCACCAGGAACUCCAUCCUUUCCAUCGACCUUCUCGGCACAUUUGGCCGUUUGCGAAUUCUUUGCAAAGCAUAAUCAAGCCUAUAAAGACCGACGACAAUCUGGUGGGAAGGAAGCAUUUGCCAAACUUGUCACCACAAUGGUGCAUAGUUUUGUCGACACUUGUUGGCCCGAGAACCGCACAUGGUGGACGUACUUUCAAUCGUCGAGAGUGGUGGAAAAGCUCUUGUGCUGGAAACUCGAUCAGUGUCUGGAGACGUACCAGGCCAUACCGAGCACUCAUCGGCCCACCGCGUUGCAGAUGUGUACAGCACAUCCCGCGGUUAUCGACUGGGUAUUUUUCCCAUCCGUCCGCGACAAGCUGAUCGAGCUAUACUCACAGAGCUGGCAGUUGGAUGAUCUGUUACGUGAGCUUGUCAAAGCUUACGUCGUUGAAACCGACUUGGACAACAUCAUUACAGACAUUGAACACUUCCCAAGUCGGCGAGGUUAUUUUCAUGUCUGGGACAUUGUGCAAACGAUUUCGCGUCGAGACCACCUGGUCUCUGGCUCGGCAACCGGCCCAAGUACUACAACGGCCUGGUUCGGCCACGAGACCUGCGACGAUUCAGACGUAUUUGAAGGGGACGCCAACCCCUUUGGAACGGAAACGCCAAGUCAGGACGAACAGUGCACGAGAAUGUCGCUCGAGGACAUCUUCCACAAUCCUCAGACCGCGUUGAGGUUGUUCAGACUACUUCGCAUGGACGAUCGCAGAGCCAUGAAACUGGAUCCGCUUUUCGCAACAGCUCAUCCCGAGUUGUGCGAUGACCCGAGUAUCAUUGCGCGAGGGAUUGAUUGUACGUUGCGGGGCUACGCGGGCGAAGUCCCGGGCCCGAAAGCGCUGAGUCGUAAGGCCAUUCUGAACUACAAAAUGAUACUCGGCAAGACUGAUAUGGGAGCAAAUGGAGGAGCUGAAUAA